UGUCGCUCGCUGCGCUAGCAAACCCAUCGCUACCAGCCCAUGCCGUGUAAAGAGAGCAAAAGCGGUGUUUUUUUCCCUCACUGGAAUACAACGAAGCGUCACGACACAAUGCCGCAAAGUAAAGCUACGUUUUAACGUGCGUAGACUGCUGUGGGAACAAGCCAGUGGGACCAACAACAGUUCAAGUGUGAGCUCCAUGCCCCCCAGUCGGCAAGAAUAGCCUACCAGUCCCCACAUCACACCACAUCCAUGUUGACUGCGGCAGCCUUCGCACUGGGUCCAGGGCUACAAACACCACAACCCCUUUGUUCUUCAGUGGACAAGAUCUGGUUACAGUGUAGCGGCUUGUGGACGGACUAUCAUAUGUUACAGUGCAUCUCCCUCUUUCAGUCUGAAGGAUUGUUUACGCGAUAAAAUGGCUGCUGAAAUGCUGUUUGGAAGAGAAUGGUCCUGAAUCAAUGCAGUAACGUUGCAUUACCAAGAAAAUGCUAAACUCUUAAAAAGGCUAGACCGGCUAACUCAUUGCGUAUUUAGUUGAGCUGGUAAACUUCUAGUAUUCGGGUGGUGACUUCAGUGGCUUUAAUCGAUGGUCCGCUGUUUUGGUAGAUUCUUCCAACAGGAGGUAGGGUAAAGGGAAUUCCUCCCACUCCCAAAUCUAUGCAUGCGGUUAACCAAGCAGCUUUUAAAAACAUUUCACAUUGCAUUUUCUUGGCCAUUUUUCUGCAAAGCAACGAGAGUAGGCUCAGUUAAGCCUUAAUUUGAGUAUGCAUAACCCUCAAAGAAUAUGCAGGACUUUGUCCAGAAGGGAUCUUUGUGGUAAUUGAAACAACCUGAGUAGCCUAGGCUUCUACCAAAGCAGACUUAAAGGCCCCGGUCUUUGACUUGGCUUGCUCGACCUGGAAAAAAAUGGAUCCUGGGGGAAAAUGUAAGCUAAAACUCUUUCUUUUUGGACCCAGGCAAGUCACACACAACUAUUUGCGGGGUAUCAACAGAUACUUGGUGGUGUAUGUAUUGUUUUACUUUGUACUCUUCACUCACGCCUCCCCGGCGAAAUCGUGCGACAAGAAUUGUCUCUCUGGAAAAUGUAUCAAUGGAUCAUGCGUCUGUGAUCGAGGAUGGGUUGGAGAUCAGUGCCAGCACUGCCAAGGGAGGUUCAAGUUAACAGAACCCUCAGGAUACCUCACCGAUGGUCCAAUCAAUUAUAAGUACAAAACUAAGUGCACCUGGCUUAUUGAGGGCUAUCCAAAUGCAGUUCUUAGGUUAAGAUUUAACCACUUUGCCACAGAGUGUAGUUGGGACCAUAUGUACGUCUACGAUGGUGACUCGAUAUAUGCCCCUCUGGUAGCUGUUUUCAGUGGUCUCAUUGUGCCAGAAAUACGGGGGAAUGAGACGGUUCCUGAGGUUGAGACAACCUCCGGCUACGCACUACUACAUUUUUUCAGCGAUGCUGCCUAUAACCUGACAGGAUUUGAGAUUUUUUACUCGAUCAACUCCUGUCCCAAUAACUGCUCGGGCCAUGGGAAGUGCACCACGGGGAACUCCAUCGCUAGCCGAGUGUACUGCGAGUGUGACAAGUACUGGAAAGGCGAGGCCUGUGACAUCCCGUACUGCAGGAACAACUGCGGCAGCCCCGACCACGGCUACUGUGACCUCACCGGGGAGAAGUUGUGCGUCUGCAACGACAGUUGGCAAGGCCCGGACUGCUCUCUGACUGUACCCUCCACCGAGUCCUUCUGGGUCCUUCCGAGCGUCAAGCCCUUUGGGACAUCGCUUGCCCGGGCGUCCCACAAGGCCGUGGUGCAGGAGAAGGUCAUGUGGGUGGUGGGCGGAUACACCUUUAACUACAGCUCCUUCCAGAUGAUUCUCAACUACAACCUGGAGAGUGGCAUCUGGAACACAGUACCUAUCAAUAGUGGCCCUCUGCCAAGAUACGGGCACUCACUCGCUGCCUACCAGGAUGACAUCUAUAUGUUUGGCGGGAAGCUCGAAGCCGGCUCGGGGAACGUGACGGACGAGCUGUGGGUGUUCAACGUGCCCAGUCGGACGUGGCAACGGAGAAGCCCUGUGGUCGGCCCGCCGGCUCAGGCCCAGAUCUAUGCCGUGGAAGGUCACUCAGCCCACUGCGCCCUGCUGGACAGCGGCGAGGCCAUCAUGGUGGUGAUCUUUGGCUACUCUCCCAUCUAUAGCUACGUCAGCAAUGUGCAAGAGUACAACCUGAAGUCCAACACGUGGUUGGUUCCUGAGACCAAAGGUGCCGUUCCCCAGGGCGGUUACGGCCACAGCAGCACCUACGAUAGCGCCAGUGGCAGCGUGUACGUCCACGGGGGCUACAAGGCUCUGCCGGCCAACAAAUACGGCCUGGUGGACGACCUCUACCGCUAUGAGGUCAACACGCGGACGUGGUUCAUCCUGAGAGAGAGCGGUUUCCCCCGAUACUUGCACUCGGCUGGCCUCCUCAGCGGCACCCUGCUCGUCUUUGGUGGCAACACACACAAUGACACGUCGCUUAGUAACGGGGCCAAGUGCUUCUCUGCUGACUUCCUUGCCUAUGACAUUGCCUGUGAUGAGUGGAAGCUCCUGCCCAAGCCCGACCUGCACAGGGAUGUCAACCGCUUUGGUCACUCUGCUGUGGUCAGCAACGGGUCCAUGUAUGUGUUUGGAGGCUUCUCCAGCGUGCUGCUGAACGAUGUGCUGGUCUAUCGACCCCCUAUGUGCCAGGCCUUCUUGACAGAGGAGGGGUGUGUGAAGGCUGGGCUCGGGGUCCGCUGCAUCUGGAACAGGGGUCGUUGUCUCCCUUGGGAGCCCAGCAUGGCAAAUGGCAGCCUCACACCGGCCCCCUUCUGUCCUGCAAAAGCUGUAACCGUGGACGAGCGGUGCUACCGCUUCUCAGACUGUGCCAGCUGCACGGCCAACACCAACGGGUGCCAGUGGUGCGACGACAAGAAGUGCAUCUCUGCCUCCAGCAACUGUACCUCUAACGUGAGGAACUUCACUUUGUGUCCAGUACGGAACGAGCAGGUGUGCAGCAAGCUCGCUAACUGCAAGAGCUGCUCGCUGAAUCCCAACUGUCAGUGGGACCAGAAUCAGUCCGAGUGCCACGCAUUGCCUGCCCAGCAGUGCAGUGAGGGCUGGAGCCAGGUGGGGGAGGCCUGCCUGCGGAUCAACUCCAGCCGUGAGAGCUACGACAACGCCCAGCACUACUGCAAGAACCUCAACGGCAACAUCGCCUCACUCACCACCACCAAACAAGUCGACUACGUGCUGGAAGAGCUGAAAAAGCUCCAGCAGCAAGACAAGCAACUUUCUCCCUGGGUGGGUCUGAGGAAGAUCAACGUGUCGUACUGGGGUUGGGAGGACAUGACUCCUUUCACAAAUAGCAGCCUGCGCUGGCUGCCAGGUGAGCCCAGUGACUCCGGCUUCUGCGCUUACCUGGAGGAGCCGCAGGUGUCAGGCCUCAGGGCCAAUCCCUGUACGGCCACCGCCCACGGCCUCAUCUGUGAAAAAGCUGCUGGAAAUCCAAAUCAAAGUGCGCGUCCCUCCUGUAAGAAGCCUUGCUCGCUGCACACCAACUGUGCCAACUGUACCAGCCAAGCCAUGGAGUGUAUGUGGUGUGGCAGUGCCCAGCGCUGUGUCGACUCCACCGCCUACGUCAUCUCCUUUCCCUAUGGCCAGUGUCUUGAGUGGCAGACCAGUGACUGCCUGGCCCAGAACUGCUCUGGCCUGCGGACGUGUUCCCAGUGCUUGGAGCAGCCUGAGUGUGGUUGGUGUGGAGAUCCCAGCAGCACAGGAAGGGGCUUGUGCAUGGAGGGCUCCUACCGGGGGCCCAUGAAGAGGCCAGCUAAACAGGGCCAGCAGAGCCAGUCCCAGGACAUGAGCUUGGAGCCAGGCAUCUGCCCCAAGGACAAAGGCUAUGAGUGGGCCUUCAUUCACUGCCCUGCGUGCCAGUGUAAUGGCCACAGCACGUGUGUGAAUGGCAGUGUGUGUGAACAGUGCCGUAACCUCACCACUGGUCCUCACUGCCAGACCUGCAUGCCUGGUUACCAUGGAGACCCUACCAAUGGUGGCAAGUGCCAAGCCUGUAAGUGUAAUGGUCAUGCCAACGUGUGCCAGGUGUUAAACGGCAAGUGCUUCUGCACCACCAAGGGGAUCAAAGGAGACCAGUGCCAGCUAUGUGACUCAGAAAACCGUUACCUUGGCAAUCCACUCAGAGGAACCUGUUACUACAAUCUCCUGAUCGACUACCAGUUCACCUUCAGUCUCAUCCAGGAAGAUGACCAUCACUACACAGCCAUCAACUUCAUGGCCUCACCUGAACAGGCCAACAAGAACUUGGACAUGUCUAUCAAUGCGUCCAACAACUUCAACCUCAAUAUCACCUGGUCGGUGGGAUCAACAGCUGGUACCAUCUCCGGAGAGGAGGUCCCCAUUGUGUCCAAAACCAACAUCAAGGAAUACAGGGACAGUUUCUCUUGUGAGAAGUUCACCUUUAGAAGCAAUCCCAACAUCACCUUUUACGUCUACGUCAGCAACUUCUCAUGGCCUAUCAAGAUCCAGAUUGCCUUCUCCCAACACAACAGUAUAAUGGACCUUGUCCAGUUCUUCGUGACCUUUUUCAGUUGCUUUCUGUCGCUCCUCCUGGUGGCUGCAGUGGUGUGGAAGAUCAAACAGACCUGCUGGGCUUCAAGGCGGCGAGAGCAGCUGAUGAGAGAGCGUCAGCAGAUGGCCAGUCGUCCGUUCGCCUCAGUCGCUGUUGCACUAGACAUCAGAGGAGAGAAUACAGAGCUGCUGCAGCCCGUGGUCGAUGGCCCACCAAAACCCAUUGCGAUGGAGCCGUGUUCAGGGGGGAAAGCUGCUGUGUUGACUGUCCUCAUGUGUCUGCCCUCUGGGCCCUCAGGCUUACCUCCCCCAGGCCAGUCUGGGCUCAUUGUGGCUAGUGCGCUGAUAGACGUUUCACAGCAGAAACCAACAGACUUCAAGGACAAGUCCCAGGCUUUAAAGAAUCGCAAGGCCCUCCCUCCAGCACACCAAGGCACCUGCGUCUGAGUCUCAACCUGUCAGUCCUUUGGGUCCCUUUUAUAAUAGGUCUUAUUGUCCCAAAUUGUAGCCGGUCCCAGUUGAAAGCCUCUCCAGAGGCAAGAGAAGGCUACAGGUAGAAGAUUACAUUUGGCUGCUAUCAACCAUGAUUUCAUGGUUCACUGAAAGUUUGCAAGUCCCAAGAGCACAAACUUCCUGAUCUUCCUAGCCCUGUUACUGUACUUUGCUUACAACCGUCUCCGGCCUAAUUACCAUCAAUCCUUUUACAACAUCCACCACAACCUUUCGUCCGCCCACAGGACCCAAACUUGUUCCCUCCACCCUGGGCAGUGAUCAUGGCACAGCUUAGCCUCUGCCCUAAGGGUGACCUCUCUCAAUCAAUGGCUAGCAGUGACGUCUGAGAUCAAGGAAUUAGAAAGAUCUGCACCCACUGAGGCUUCAAUCAUAAAUAUUUGAUGACACCACAUCGGCCAUUUGCUCGAGAUGAGAGAAGCGCAUCGGACUGUGUACAUGAGAAGUCAAAUCAAAGUGAGUCCAGUCACAAAUCAUUUCCAUCGCACAGAUCACUGUGUUGGAAAUACAACAGAAGAUUGAAGAUGGCUGGUAGAUAUAUAGAACCUGCUGCCUAUGGAGUUUCGUCCUACUAUUUGCUUGCCAAUUAGUGGUAUUUUAUGGUGCUAAAGCCUUUAGUUUUUAUGACAAGCCUGAAUCUUAACUCAGCCAUUGCUGUAUAAACUGAAUUAAUUCUGCCUUUUUGUGGGGAAAGCUAUGCGUUAGGUCAGGAGAUUUGUAUUUUUUUUUUUUUUUUUCACACCACCUUGCCAAUACCAGUAAUGACCUGUCCAAGCAUUUAUUGUGCAUAUGUAUGAUCCACCCAGCUCAAGCUAAAGUCUGUAUUUUCUGUGGAAUGCAUAUACAAAUGCUGCAGACAAGUGACUGCAAUCAGUGCUAGUGGUAUGCGGGUGAGGACUGCAAAUUAGGCACCAACAAAUCAUCAGUCGUUCAAUCUAAAGCAUGGAAGCUGUCAGAACUUUAAGAAGAGGAAAAAAAAAAAAACAUUUUACUGGCAAAACUGGAGGUUUCAACUAUUACAUAAUCCAGAAUUUGCAGUGUGCUCACUGUAAAAUACAAAGUUGCAUAACCCAGAGAAAUAUGAGGACUCCAGAAGUGCAACAUCUUGAUGUUGUUUCUUUUUUUAUAUAUAUAUAUAUAAUGUUCUGGUAAAUUCGUCACUGUUUCUUAUUGUAUUACUUUGCUGUGCCACUUGGAUAGCUGGCUUUUGAAUUUGCCCUUUGAUUGGUUUGGGAGGUGGAUUCCAGUUAGGAGAACGACGUCUGCGUAGAAAAAUGAGACCGGGGACUUCCUUCACCUCUGGCUCGCACAUCGACUUGUUUCUUUACAGGGGAGUUUCUUUUCCCACUAAGUCUUCUUUAGCUGUUUUAGAUCCCAUGUUUGCAAACCGGUUACAAUGCCUUUUAUAUUGCCUUGGCUUACCAUGAACUCUUGAACUCCGGAGGAGGGGGGGCUUCAUGAUCAACAGAAAUUUGAAAACUGUUUUGAGCCCCCGUUCCUUCCAGAGGUGUACAAUGUGUUAUUGGAUCAAAUGUGAGUCUCUUUGUCACUCUUCUCUUUUGAUUUUAUGUGUUUUUGUCAGGUUUUUAUGACAGAAUGGCAAGAGAGAUUAUCAUUUAUUUUAGGCCUUGUCACCUGUUACUAUUAUAUCUAUGAUGAUAAAUUGUAAGUCUUUUGCUACACUUGUGAAAAGAGCAUUUCUGUUAUUUUGUUUUGAUAUUUAACAGAUUCCUGUGUAAUAGCGCCUUUGACUUGAUAUCAUGACUUAAAUCAGAUGUUUCAAUGUCAACUAUUUUUGAAUUGUGCAUCUUUAAAAAGGACUGUACGGGCAUUGUCUUGCUUUUUGUUGCAAAGUGGUCAUUAUGAUGCAUUUCAUAAGGAUAGUAUGCCAGCUAAUGUGUUUUUAUUUUGUGUUGUUAGAGUAAUCCUAUAACAGUGUCAUUACACAGGAAUCAGGGUCUCUCACUGUAAUAUGUGAAAAAAGAUGAGAACAGAAAAUGUAUAUCAAUAACCUUCAGUGUAUUUUAAAGAUGGACAACAUGCCAGAAAAAUAAAACACUUGAAUAUCA